GCCGGUGAGGGAGAGAUGAUAAGAAAUUAGUCUUGGGACAAGCUCGGACCAUGCAGUGUAAAGUCCUUCUCUGCCUCUACUUUCUGACAAUCAUAAAGCAUGUCUCCCCAACUGAAGUUUGGGUCCGGCCACAUACGUCUGCCCUUCUCCCCUGUUCUAUCUCAGUCCCUCCUGUAGGCGACUCUCUCCUGGGGAUCAGAUGGACCUUCAACGGAUCUCAUAUAGCCUCCUUCGGGACGACAGACGACAACCAUGUCGACAAAGGCUUCAGUUGGGACACCAGUUUAUUUGUCAAUGGGACCUUCUCUCUGACUGUGCUUAAUGCCACUCUUGACCAAGAGGGCGUGUAUGAGUGUCAAGUCAGAUACAACGUCUCCGAGCUACACUCCAGCAAUGUUACAUUGGACAUCAAAGUUCCACCCACUCUCUCCAUUCCCUCCACGAUGGUGGUACUGGAUGUGAAGAGUGAGCUUCACUGUAUUGCAGAGGGUUUUAGCCCUCCACUCAUCUACUUCUCCUGGACCAGAGCUGGGGAGGUGGUCCAGCUAGAGCAAGCGGUCACAGCGGUCGACCGCACCCCAGAAGGGACCUACUGGGCGGUCAACAUCUUGAAAUUUAUCCCUUUGGUGGACGACCAGAAUGUGAUCUAUGGCUGUGUGGUCACUCACGCUGCCCUGGACAAACUGCUGAGCUUAGAGUUUCAACUCAGCUUCGUCUACCUCCCGACUGUCACCCUCUCCGCAAUGCCCUUGCCCUCCCGCGACUCCCCACUCACCCUCUCCUGCGACAUCGAGGGCUUCUAUCCGGAGGACGUCUCCGUUUCCUGGCUACAGAAUGGCACGGAGCUCCCCGCACCUCUGCUGAGCGAGUCGGGCCUGGACGGCACCUUCAAAACCAGGCGCUACUACACCCUGAGCCCAGAGCAGAGGGAGCUCGCCGGGGAGGUGGAGUGUGUCGUCCAUCUGCCCAGCGUCACUGAACCUGUGGUCACCUCCGCAGCCCUGGCCGACAUCGACCCCAUCAUAGAGACACAAACUGCGCUGAACAAGUCUGCCAAGGCAUCUGUGGCUCUGAUGUGCAUCUCUCUGGUGCUGGUCUUUCUGCUCUGCUUUGGCUUCUCCUGGAGAAGGCGAGAUGAGAAGCAGAAGUUUCUAAAUGUAUCGGGGAUCAUUCUGCCUCCCCGGGUCAUUGUGGGUCAGAAGGGCAGGGUGACCAUCAGUGUGGAGGGGAGGAGGGUGGACAGGGUCCAGACCACCUGGUUUCUCAAUGACACCCCCAUUUCAGACACCUCACACACAGUCUCGGAGAAUGGUCCUCUGCUGCUCUCUGGUGGCGACAUGGGCUAUUACAAGCUGCACACCCAGGGCCCGCUGCACUCGACGGGGGACAGCAGCAAGCAGCGACUGCUGUCCUCGCUCUCCUUCAUCCCCCUGAUCUCCAUCCACAAGGGUGCGGUGUUCAAGUGCCAGGUGUCUUAUGUGGGGAAAGACCAGGUUGUGGUGGAGAGGGUGUCAGAAAAGUUCACCAUAUUAGUCUACAGUGCCUUCAGAAACUCCCCCAAGGUCUCAGAGAUUCAGCUCACAGAGGCAGGUGAUGACUCCAGUGUGGUCACCCUGACCACCCAGGCCUCGUGCUUCCAUCCAGACAUCAUCACCUUCCGUUGGUUCUGCCAGGGGGGCGAACUGAGCCCCGUGGCUUCCCAGGCCCUGUCUGCCCCACGGCCCGACACCCAGGGCUUCUUCUCGGCCAUGAGCCAGUGCAAGCUGCCCCGCGCCGAGCUGGAGCACGGCGGCACCAAGGUGUGGGUGAGCGUCCAUCACAUCGCCCUCAAGCACCCCGUCACCCGCGAGACCCGAGGUUUCAUAAAGAGGCCCAAUGUGUCCGAGAUCAUCAGCUCUGCCUCCUUCCCUGGUCAACAUUUGACAUUGGGCUGUGACAUGACUGGGUUCUACCCUCCAGGCAUCUCAGUCACCUGGCUCCAUCUGAGAGAAGGAGAGGUGGAUGACCGAGAGGAAGAGGUGAUAGAAGGAGGAGAAGUCUGGGGGCCCCUGCUGAGCGGUCCCAGUACCUACCGUGCCAACGCCACUCUGAGGAAGAGGGGAACAAAUGAAGAGAAGGAGAGUGCAGGAGGGGUGGUGUGCCGAGUGGAGCACUGUUCGCUGGAGGAGCCCAUCGAGAGGCGGUGGAGAAAUAUUCUUAUCGCUGCUCCCUCCAUCCCCUCCUCUCUUACUGUCCAUUGGACCAGCGAGGGUGUUGGGGUUUUCAAUCUCUUGUUGACGGGAGGCCACCCAAAAGCUAAACUGCUCUGGGCAGCAGGGGGCACCACCCUCAUACCGCUGGUGUCCAACGAGACAGGCGGGAAAGGAGUGGACGGACAGAGAGAGUUUAGGAGCGUGUGCGCUUUGGAGAGAUCCACUUGCUGGAUCAGUCAGACAGACGGAAAUGGUCAGAUGGACAGUCGGAAAAACGGACACACACUUAUGUCUGUAGAAACAAAAUCCGCAGUCGCUGACCCCGAAACGGAAGGAAUAGAGUACAUUGACGAAAGAGACGGAGAGAACAACAACGUGGAAAGGAAGGUGACGCAGAUGGAGGUGGAGGAUGAGAGUAGGGAAGAGGAAGAAGAAGGAGUGGAAACGUUGCACAUAAACAGGGUGAACGUGAGAAAGGGGCCCAGAGGGGAGGAGAGAGCACGACUGAGAGUGAGCGUGGAGAUCACCCACCCAGCCCUUAAGCUACCUGUGCACCGAACAUGGACAGAGCCCAAGGAAGAGGUUUCAUCUUCACUGUGAAUGGGGCCUACAAAAUGUGUUUAUUUUUUAUAACAUAGAUAUAAAAUACUUAUGGUAUACGACUCCUCGGGAUGUCACACUUUAUCCUAUAAGUAAGCAUUUCACUGUUAGUCUACACCUGUUAUUUACAAAGCUUAUGACAAAUACAUUUGAUUUGAUGCUUGUUCCAGCAUAAUGUCAUUUGUAAUUGUAUGAUUCAUACAUUUCAUAUUCAAGUCAUAUUUCGUUUCAGGUUCAGCACAACGUGUGUCGCAUAAUCUUCUAAAAACAUAUACAUUUUUGAAAAUGUAAUUUUGUCAAUAAAAUCUUGGUUCACUUUU